AUUUCUUUUUGCUAACUCAUCAAGAUGUGUCCCUUUGCUUUAAAUUAGUAUCAUAGUUAUAUGUAUGUAAGAUGAUUGAUGUCAUUGAUUAGAGCUUGAUUUCAAAGCAAAAUAAAUGGGGAGAAAACCUUGUUGUGACAAGAUUGGAUUGAGAAGAGGUCCGUGGAGUAUAGAAGAAGAUCAUAGACUCAUGAACUUUAUUCUUAAAAAUGGCAUCCACUGCUGGAGAAUCGUCCCCAAACUUGCAGGUUUGUUGAGAUGUGGGAAGAGCUGUAGAUUGAGAUGGAUUAAUUAUUUGAGACCCGAUCUCAAGAGAGGUGGUUUUACUGAUGCUGAAGAAAAUCGGAUUAUGGAACUUCACUACCAGCUUGGCAAUCGGUGGUCUAAAAUUGCUUCUCAUUUCCCUGGUCGAACGGAUAAUGAGAUAAAAAAUCAUUGGAAUACAAAGAUCAAGAAGAAGAUGAAACAUCUUGGUUUAGAUCCGGAUAUGCAUGAACCAAUGAAUAAUAUUACCAACCAAAGCGAGUCGAAGCAGAUAACAAAAUCAAACAUGUGUUCUACCAUCAAAGGAGAACAAACAAAGGAUCAACGAAAAGAUGAUGUUAUAAUAGAAACAAAGAAAACAUCAAUAAUAUCCAAGAAUGAUGAAGAACUUCUGGCGAAGAACUGCAAAACGCUAUGUGCAGAAGAAGUAGACAUCGGAUUUCUAUUCAAAAUGCAAGGCAACGAGAUAUCUGUCUCGUCUUCAUCUUCUUUAUAUAGUAAUAUUUCAAGAAGUGAAUCUUCAUCAUAUCUUGCAGAGGAUUCCAUCUCUUUAGAGCAAUGGGGCUUGACCGAUACGACGGAUCCUUUCGUGCCAUGGGACCUCUUCACCAAUCUUGAUGAUAAUCUGUUCCUUUUAUGAGAGAAUACAGUGUAAUAUAUCUAUAAAUGUAUAUUAAUCAUAUGUAAUUAGUAGCUUAGUUUCAUGUAUGUAAGUUGUGGAUUAUGCAUGGCGGAGAAUUAUAUAUUUACUCAUAGAAGUUGUUUGC